GUAAGAAACAACUCUGCUUAAGACGGUCGAUGAAUGUGAAUUGAUUCCUUUGUUCUCCAUUCUUCUAACCGUCAAGCACAGCCGCCACACAUAUUCAGGACCAGGACAAGGACAAGGACAAGGACAAAUGAUUAUCAAACCUAUACCCUGCGCCAACACGGACCAGAGUGUCAUCUGGCAGGACGAGGAGGCGAAUCACCGCUUCCUUCUGCAAACACGCUCAGUGCCCCUGCUCUCGACCCAGCAGAUCAAGAAGCUGCGGCGUUUGUCACUGAGUCUUGUCAGCAACAUCGGUACAACCAGCAUGAACGACUCUAUCAGGCCUCCAUCCCCAUCUCCAGCCUCGCUCUCGCCAAGUCUUCCUCCUCUAAAUGAACAUAUCCGGCUCGACGAUCAUCAACAGGGUUCCUCGGGGCCGCAGCCUCACAAUCCUCUGUCGUUCAAAUCCUCUUCCUCGUUUCGCAGACUGUUAUCCCGUACCAUGUCACAGCCCACUGUGCCACCAACACCACCGACAGAAGCAUUACCCGCACCAGAACGUCGCGCUUCGUUUGGACACCAUGCUGCAAGAAGCCUAAGCUCUGCAGGAGACAUAUUUGGCAACAUUGUGGGCAACGUUCAGAAGGAGAUGUCAGCAUCGACACAAAGGACCAUGCGCCAGCUUCCUUCGCUCAAUAUGUCAACAUUAGGAUCAACCUUUUCUCUGCCCUCCUCCAUUACCACAAAGAUACCCUCAAACAAUACUCUGGGAAAGAUGCUUGAAUCAGCCCGACUGGAAAACGAAAACGUCUCUGUCGAGGAUGCCACGUUCAGGGUCGUGCUGCAGUGUUCACUUGAAAACUAUGUGAUCGCUGUUGCUGUGGACGAGGCGACCAUUCGAGCUGAUUGGGACUGCAUUCACAAAACGGUGUUUUCAAAGGUCUCUGAACUUGAGCUAGAGGCAACAUCCAACAGAGGAGACGAGAAUGAAUCGGAUAGAAGGUGGAUAUACGAGCUAGACCGGCUUAGUGAAGCAUUGUCCUUGGAUCACGACCAGGAUAAAGUCAUUAUGAGCGCUGAGCUAUGCCGGAUAUUUCGAUUCGAGAACGAGGAACUGUUAUGCUUCUAUAGAUCGGGAUAUGUUCAAGAUAAUGACUCUAUUUUAGCGGGUUAUAUUGUGUUGACCAAGAAUUUCGUGUGUUGGCACAAUUCCACCAUGACAGAGCGAACAUCGGAUACUGUAAGGGCGUAUAACACUCCCAACGACGCCGACUCUAUUGUUCGCACAAAGACCGCAUACAAGGACGUUAUCUCCAUCGAAGAUGAAUAUCAAGGACAAAAAGGUUAUAUUGUUAUCACAACGCAAACCUCAAAGAGCGUUUUUGUUCCUACGUUUCAUCAGCGGGAAAUCCUCGAGAUGUUGACGCACUUCUGCAAUGCAUAUAUGAGGUUACUGGUAUCAGGAGAAUCGGCGGAGUCGCCAUUUUCCGUAGACUCGGGCCACCAUCAGGACAAAAUCCCUGCAUUUUUGGUCAACUCCGCCUCGGACUUGAAGGAAUAUCAAAGACGUGCUCGGUUUCGCUCUAUCUUUCGCCUACCUCCUACAGAAUUCCCAAUGGAGGAAUUCGUCGUGUCUCUGGAAACGAGAUCGAUGGUCGAUACUUAUGAGGGCACGAUAUUCCUGUCCAAGAACUUUAUCUGCUACAUGUCCGGACCACCCGCUUCUUCAAUCAUCGCCUCACCUGAAUCAUCUUCCGUCGACCUUUUGGACCCAGUCUUGAUCUUGGUCAUUCCUUUGUCCGAUGUUCUGGAGAUGAAACGUGAAUCAAGCCCUUCCUCCGUCAGCAACAGCGGCAACACCGCCAAGGCAGGAUCGUUUCAGAGCCUUCAAGCGGGUCUCGGUCCUCCAACUCGAACACAGACAUUGGCGAGCAUUAUGUCGCUUGUAGCUCGUCCUCAAGCAGGUGUGAUGAUCAUUUUACGCUCGAGAAUGACCCUGUGGUUCACGCGCACCCAAGGUGGAAACCAGGAACUCUACGAGAUGAUCGAUAAGGCGUGGCGCUCCUCAAGCAACUCGACUGCACUGCUCAAAUCCCUUGAAAUCCAGACAAGUCAGGAUGUUUUGAGAAAUAGUGCCAAAGAUACGUUGACACGGUCGCAAGAGAAUUCCCAGAGCGGUCAGUCAAAGGAUCUUAGCACUCUUGUGGAUGAGGAUGAGCAGACAGAUGCAAUAUUUGGCGCCAUCGAUCAGGAGAUCACCGUUCCACUUCCUCUCGGACUCCAGCAUUUCUUUGCAAGUGCGAUUGAUCAGAAAUACGGACGCCAUUCUCGGCGGGAGGUUAGCCAAAGUCGAGAAAUAGAUCUGGAAUGCGCAUGGGUCGACUACUUUGCUUUAUACGGCAGAGAUGUGUGCAUGAUAAAAAAGACAAAGCAACUGCAGGCCCUCGUACUCCAAGGCGUCACCGAGACCUUCCGCCCCCAGCUUUGGAUGGUUCUCUCCGGGGCAUCCUAUUUCCGGUCAGGGGACGAUUCGUACCGACUAAGCAUUCAAGAUGGCGUCGAAAAGGCAGCAUCAGCACAUGUCCUUGCAGAGAUCGAAAAGGAUGUGGUGAGAAGUAUGCCUGGCCACCCAGCGUUCCAAUCUGCCAUCGGCCUAGGUGCCCUUCGUCGUGUCCUCUGUAACUAUUCUCGGCGCAACCCCUCGAUCGGGUAUGCACAGUCGAUGAACAUUGUGGCAUCGAUGUUGUUGCUUCAUUUGAAGGAGGAAGAUGCGUUCUGGAUCCUGGCGACGUUGUGUGAGCAGCUUUUGCCGGACUAUUACUCCAAGACGCUACUAGGUGUUCAGGUCGAUCAAAGGGUGUUUUCACAUCUUGUCAGGAUAUCAUUGCCGUCGAUUGCGUCGCAUUUCCAAGAAAUCGAUUUGGACCAGGCCACGAUCACGAUCCCAUGGUUCCUAUGUCUGUACCAGUCUAUGUUUCCGCCUAUGGUGGCGGCGCGCGUUCUAGAUUGCUUCUUCUAUCAAGGGCCUCCCUUCUUGUUCAUGCUUGGGUUAGCGAUCUUGAAGAGCUGUCAAAGUUUGCUGCUGCAGUGCGAAAAUGAUGAAGGGAUUGUGCUGACAAUGCAGGCAUUUUUCAAGCAGUUCAAGGAUCCUUUACCUAAUGAAGACGAUGAGAGGAGAGAUGUGGGAAAUACGGAGAUCGAGGAUCACGGCGAACACAAGCACGAGGAUGAUACCACGAAUCAGUCGAUUAAAAAUGAAGGCAACCAAUACUACGGCAGCACCAGGGCUCGACAAAAGGAGGACGCGCUUUCCGGAAUAAGGCUCAUGGAUCAAUUGCUGGGACUGGCUUAUGCUGAGUUCUCGUUCAUUAACACAAAGGAUGUGGAUAUGUUGAGAGAUCGUUUCCGUAUGGCGGUAGUAUCGUCUAUGAAUUCGAAAGCAUAAUUCAGCGGUGAUAACAACAUACCGAUCGUGAAUUAGACGUGUGC